AUCGUCAUCGCUGUCGUCAUUGACAUCGUUAUCGUCAUCGCCAUUGUUAUCAAUUGCCUCCGUUACUGUGGCAUUGACAAGUUCAAUUGCGGUUGUUGUUGGGCCAUUGGGUCGGUAACAUCAUCAAAAUAUCUUCAUUCGAAGAGGAUUAUCGGGCUGACAGGCCCAUGGUGCAGCGUGCAUCCUCCUCAGAUGCUCCCUCCAUUCAGGGUGGCCAACAUCGAGAAUCUCGAUUUGGCCUUGGAUAUACAUCAUACCAAAGCGGAUACAAUAAGCUUUUCACCCAGGGUUCUGCCGACUCGAACUACUCACAACCGUCAUCCGAUCUGUCGCUAGACGAGGAAAAGGAAUCGCUUCGGCGAGAAAAGGAACGUCAGGCCUUAAGCCAGUUGGAUAAAGCGAGGAGUAAACCUGUAGCGUUCGCUGUGCGAACCAACGUAGCAUAUGAUGGCACAAUCGACGACGAUUCACCCGUGCAGGGCGGUGCAGUUUCAUUUGAGAUCCGGGAGUUUUUGCACAUCAAGGAGAAGUAUGACAAUAACUGGUGGAUCGGCAGACUGGUUAAGGAAGGCUGUGAUGUGGGCUUCAUACCCAGCCCCGCUAAGCUAGACAACAUUCGUAUGCAGAAUCAAACUAGACCCUCAAGACUGUACGGCACAAAGGGCUCAUCAAGCGGCAAUCUAGGUGCGGGCCAAGCAGGUGCGGAGCCAUCACGAGGUAGCACACCCCCCACACCUGACCCCUAUAGUACAACACCACGCAAGAAACAAGAUUCCAUGGGACCAGGACGUCAUGGCAAGACACCGUUAGCAACGCCGCCCAACAAGGAGAAGCGCAAGCCAUUUUUCAAGAAACAGGAAACAGCCAGUCCGUACGAUGUGGUGCCAUCGAUGCGUCCUGUUGUUUUAGUGGGUCCAAGCCUUAAGGGUUACGAGGUAACCGACAUGAUGCAAAAGGCGCUGUUCGAUUUCCUCAAGCAUCGCUUCGAAGGACGCAUCAUCAUCACGCGCGUCAUGGCCGACAUAUCGCUAGCGAAACGAUCGAUCAUGAACAAUCCAUCGAAGCGUGCCAUCAUGGAGCGUUCCAGCAGUCGAUCGGAUUGCCUGGGCAAGGUCCAAGAAGAGAUCGAGCGCAUCUUUGAGCUGGCCCGUUCCCUGCAGCUGGUCGUACUCGAUUGUGAUACAAUCAAUCAUCCGUCACAAUUAGCAAAAACUUCAUUAGCGCCAACAAUAGUUUACUUAAAGAUUAGUAGUAGUAAGGUUUUACAGCGUUUAAUCAAAUCACGUGGCAAAUCGCAAGCUAAAAACUUAUCCGUACAAAUGGUUGCCGCUGAAAAAUUAGCCCAAUGUCCACCCGAAAUGUUCGAUGUAAUUUUAGACGAGAACCAAUUGGAAGAUGCCUGCGAGCACAUAGCUGAGUACUUGGAGACAUAUUGGAAAGCCACGCAUCCAGAUAUACGCGCUGGGUCCACCGUACCGGCCAUUGCCAGGCCGAUACCGUCCCAGGAGGUGUCGGCGUCGCCCUCUGCCGAUCCAGCGCGCUUGGGUCCAACACCACCAGUCGAUGGCGAGGAGUUUGAAGAGCACGAGCCACGAAUGGCUAGUGCCGAGCGUGAGGGUAGUCGGGAUCGGGAUCGGGAUCGGGAUCGAGAUCGGGAACGGGAGCGAGAGCGUGGCAGUAGGGAAAGAGAACGGGACAAUGAACGCGACUACUGGGACAGGGAGUUUAACAGAGAUCGUAGUUCGAAAGACAGGGAGCGGGACAUGGAGUGGGAGCGCGAGAGAGCACGCGAGUGGGAAAGAGAGCGAGAAAGGGAUUGGGAUAGAGAGUUCGAUUGGGACCAAGGAGGUGCCUCUUAUCAUCACAGUCGUCGUCAGGUCUCUGGACGGCAUCAGGAGCGCGGCAGCGGGGGAGUCGGAGUCGGCCAUGCCGCUGGCUACGAGCGCGACAGAGAGCGAUACGAGCGACAGGAACGCGAGCGACUUCACGCCAGAGAUCGGGAUCUGAUGCAUUACGAUCUGAACAGCGAUGAGAUGCUGGACGAGCGCAACUUUGAGUAUCCGGCGAUGCGCAGCGGGCCCAGCGGCGCCUCCCACCAUGGCCACCUGUCGCGCGGCGGUCGACUGCUGGAUGAUACAGACUUUGAGCGCGACGAUCGAUUGUUGGGCAGCUCAAGGUCACGCUAUGGACCCGGACCAUCCACACGCAUCGACGAUCCCCGGGACAUGGCGCGAGCAGCCACUGUGGUCGAUCGCGAUCGCGAUGAAUACAGUCCGCACAGAGGUGGUGGAAGUAGUAGGAGAAUGCUGAAUGCCAUGUAGGAAUCGUGGAUAUAGGGGUGGGAUCAGAUCGAUUCGAAAGCGCCAGGUUUGAUGGAAGCACGUGACAAUAGUUUUGAUCUUGACAUGAUACACAAACCGAAACCCAAACCCAAACCGCUGCUCCGACAGCACUCACAAUCCCACUAUCAGCCCCAAGGCCAACCUCCGGCUCAGCCUCAGAUUCAGCAUCCAUCUCAAUCUCUAACUCAGUCGCAUCAGACACAUCCUUCGCAGCGCUCAUUCCUGGCUAGGCAGCGCAGCGGCGGCCAGUGGCUGUCAUCCCCGUCGUUCUCCCUGUCGCAAGCCUCGAUCAGUCAGCCCAGGCCCAGCGAACACUUUCCGUUGCGACACCAGCCACUGUCCUACCCGCAGGCACGACCACACAGCCAGAGCCAGUAUCAACACCCGCACUCGUACACUUCCAGUCGCACACAGUCCCACACAUCCCUUCCGACGCGCUCCCAACUUUAUCCCAGCGACACGUUCCAAAGCACCUCAUUUAGUCACCCGCCGUGCAGCGACAGCGACGCCCAUCGAAACCGAAACAGAAACAGACCAAAAAGUUCAGCCGCGGAAUAUGAUUGGAGAUCGUCAUCCUUCUCGCAAAUCGAUGCAGUCACCCACGCAAUACGUAAUAAGAUUAUCGUUGAGGAGGACGAAGAGGACAUACUGACCCCAGAUAGGUUUUAUUGAAGAGAUUUCAGCGAGGCAUCAGGCACAAAACAACCGAUAUUUUGAAAGGAAGGGGGCAUUGCACAAUAUGUUUACGUAGUAGAAUUACCCUAAAAAUUUAGUAA